AUGGCGAGCGCACUCCUCUGGCUCUCCCUGCUGGGCAGCAGCACCCUAGCCUCAGCUCUAGACACCAGUAAUACCCCUACCAUCAAAAGAGCAGACGCAGGAAACAACACCUCCUCAAUCCCAACAGCCACCCUCAACAACACCGUCUUCGUCGGCCGUUCCCUGCCCGAGUUCGAGCAGGAGUUGUUCCUGGGUAUCAAGUUUGCGGAUGAGCCCGUGCGAUUCACCCCAUCGACGUUGAAAACCGUCUAUCGCGCCAAUGACAGCGACAACGGGGUGUAUCAUGCUUCCUCAGCAUCCGGACUGCAGACUUCCUCGGGGACCGUGCUCUACAAUGCCACGGAGUAUGGGUAUGAUUGCCCCGGGUAUGGAUCCGAUGAGACGGAGCUGGCGGAGGAAGGAUAUGCGCGGUUCGAUGAGAACUGUAUGAACCUGAAUAUAAUUCGGCCCAAGAGGGAGAAUGAGGAUGAGUUGUUGCCUGUGAUGGUUUGGAUCUUUGGUGGUGGUUGGGUGCAGGGUGCGACUGCUGAUCCGAGGUACAAUAUGAGCUAUAUUGUUCGCCAGGGUGCGUUGAAUGAUAAGCCUGUCUUGGGUGUCUCGAUCAAUUACCGUGUGGCUGCGUUUGGAUUCCUUGACUCUGUCGAAGUUAUGGAAUCCGGCAACACGAACCUAGGACUUCGUGAUCAGCGCGUCGCCAUGCAUUGGGUCAAACAGAACAUCAAGGCGUUUGGCGGUGACCCGGACAAGAUCACCAUCUGGGGAGAAUCAGCUGGUGCCUACAGCGUCGGAGCCCACCUGAUCACCAACGACGGUGACAACGAGGGUCUAUUCAGAGCCGCCAUCAUGGAGUCCGGCAACGCAGUCGGGCCCCCCUACAACGGCACAGACUGGUACCAGCCGAUGUACGACCAGAUCGUAAACGCAACCAACUGCACCACCUCAAGCAACACCCUCCAAUGCCUCCGCGAAGUCCCCUUCUCAACGAUCUACACCGCCGCAGACAUCGGCCUGGAAUGGUUCGCCACCAUCGACGGCACCUUCAUCAAAGAAUAUCCCCAAAUCAGCAUUACGGAGGGCCGCUUUGCCAAGGUCCCCAUCCUCCACGGCACCAACACCGACGAGGGCGUGAGUUUCGGUACGACGGGCGUGAACACUGAUGCCGAAGCGAUCCAGCAGUUGAUGGGUGAAAUGAAAAUGAUAGCAUCCAAACGCUGGGUGCUAAAUGAAACCCAAGCCACGACCCUCCUAUCGCACUAUCCCAACAUCUCCGCCCUAGGCUGUCCCUACGGAUGGGGCAACACGACCUGGCCGAAGCUGGGGUAUGAAUAUAAGCGCUACGAGUCGAUGGCGGGCGAUCUGUGCAUGGUUGCUCCGAGGAGGUUGCUCAGUCAGAAGAUGAAGGAGUAUGAGGAGCAAGUGUUUGCGUAUCGGUGGGAUGUCGCUGCGUUGAAUGAUUCGAGUACGAUUGGGGUGGCGCAUUUUGCUGAGAUCCCGUUUGUUUUCGCCAACCCUGUGCAGAACAUCACUCCGUUGGGAAGUGAUCCCGCAAGACUGGAGUUGGGUAAUCUGGCCGCGAGGAUGUGGACGGCUUUUGUGACGGAUUUGGAUCCGAAUGGGCAUGGUGUCUCUGGUAUCCCCCACUGGCCGAAAUACAAUCUCUCUGAUCCGAGGGACUUUGUGUUCCGGCUACCGAGGAAUGGAAGUUAUGUGGAGAAGGAUACGUUUAGGACGGGGGGGAUUGAUUAUAUUAAUACAAUUGUGCGGUAA